AUGGCUGCUACGAAACGUUCCCUCGCCGACAGCGAGGCUCGCCCCAGCAAGAAGCAAAAGGCCGAGGACCUUCCUGCCGCUGGCGAUGUCGACAGCGACGAGGCCGCAGAGUUGAAGAAGCAGAAGAAGAAGGAGAAGAAGGAGCGCAAGAAGGAGAAGGAGGAGAAGAAGAAGAGGAAAGAGGAGAAGCGCAGCAAGAAGGAGUCCGCCGAGGAAUGCCCCGCUGCUGCUGACGAGGACAAGAUGGACGUGGACGAGGACGACAAGGCCGAGAAGAAGAAGCAAAAGAAGGAAAAGAAGGAGAAGAAGAAGAGGGAACAACAGGAAAAGGAGGCCGCGAGCAAUGGUAGCAGCGACAAGCCCACCGAGACCGUCCUCGCCGGCGCAGACUAUGCGCAGUCCGCCGCCCUCACCGGCCUCCCGCAAGCCGACAUCGACGCCUUCAUGACCGCCGAGGUCAUCACCGUCACGGACCCCACGAACAAGUCCUCCGACCUCCGACCCAUCCUGGAAUUCUCCUACCUCCCGCAGACCGAGCUCAUCAAGAAGAACCCCUUCUCCGCCUACAAGAAGCCGACCCCCAUCCAGUCCGCCUCCUGGCCCUUCACCCUCUCCCGCCGCGACGUCAUCGGCGUCGCCGAGACCGGCUCCGGCAAGACCAUGGCCUUCGCCCUGCCCCUCGUCGAGGCCAUCUCCAGCAUCAAGAAGCGCGGCAUCAAGGCCGUCGUCGUCUCCCCCACCCGCGAGCUCGCCAUGCAGACCCAGGAGCAGCUCGAGCACGUCGCCUCCCUCCUCGGCCUGCGCUGCGUGUGCAUCUACGGCGGCGCCUCCAAGGACGACCAGCGCGCCCUGCUCAAGCGCGGCGCCGGCGCCGACAUCAUCGUCGCCACCCCGGGCCGCCUCAAGGACUUCAUGUCCGACGGCACCAUCGACCUCGGCAACACCCGCUUCGCCGUCCUCGACGAGGCCGACCGCAUGCUCGACAAGGGCUUCGAGGAGGACAUCAAGGGCAUCCUCGGCGCCAUGCCCCCGCGCGAGGAGCGCCAGACCGUCAUGUUCACGGCGACGUGGCCCGCCUCGGUCCGCAAGCUCGCCGAGUCCUUCAUGGUCGACCCCGUCAAGAUCACCAUCGGCUCCAGCGGCAAGGAGACGGCCAGCGGCGCCGUCGAGUUGCAGGCCAACACGCGCAUCACGCAGAGCGUCGAGGUCAUCGACCCCAGGGCCAAGGAGCAGAGGCUGCUGCAGCUGCUCAAGCAGCACCAGGCCGGCAGCAAGAAGAACGACCGUAUCCUCGUCUUCUGCCUGUACAAGAAGGAGGCCACGCGCGUCGAGGGCUUCCUGCAGCAGCGCGGCAUCCGCGUCGGCGGCAUCCACGGCGAUCUCCGUCAGGAGCAGCGCACUCGGAGUCUGGAGGCGUUCAAGACGGGCACCACGCCCGUCUUGGUUGCCACCGAUGUCGCCGCCCGUGGUCUGGAUAUCCCCGAAGUGAAGCUUGUCAUCAACGUCACCUUCCCUCUGACUAUCGAGGACUACGUCCACAGAAUCGGACGAACUGGCCGCGCUGGCAAGACUGGCGAGGCUAUCACCUUCUUCACUCAGCAGGACAAGGCUCAUUCUGGAUCGUUGAUCAACAUUCUCAAGGGUGCCAACCAGCCGGUUCCUGACGAACUCUUUAAGUUUGGCACGACCGUCAAGAAGAAGACCCACGACACGUACGGCGCCUUCUUCAAGGACGUUGACAUGACGAAGAAGGCAACCAAGAUUACGUUUGAUGAUUAA